AUGUCCUCACAUAAACUCAUCGUCAUCCUAGGUGCAACCGGUAAUCAAGGCGGCUCAGUCGCAGACGCCUUCCUCUCCGAACCAGAUUGGAAAGUCCGCGCCGUGACCCGCAACACCAAAAGCUCCAAAGCCCAAGCCCUCUCCUCCAAAGGCGCCCAAGUAGUCCAGGCCGAUCUUGACUCACCGUCAACUCUCACUCAUGCAUUUGAAGGAGCCAACGUCAUCUUUGCUGUCAGCGACUUUUGGGGUUUGUAUGGCGACCCAGCCAACAAGUCUAGAGCAAAGCCUGGACAGCCUCUUAAUGAGUGGGCCGCAGAGCAUGAGGAACAACAGCUGAGGAAUGUAAUUGAUGCUGCUUCCAAGGUCCCUUCACUAGAGCGCUUCGUCCUAUCUUCUUUAUCCAACGCCGAAAAGUGGUCCAAGGGUAAAUAUACUCGGGUUUACCACUUUGAUGGUAAGGCUCGCGCGGCAGAGUAUAUCCCAAAGGCGCAUCCGGAUCUUUGGGCCAAGACGAGUAUCUUCCAGGCCGGACUCUUUCUAAGCAACUUUGUCCUAUUGCCUCUAAACCAGCCCGUAAAAAAUGCCAAUGGCGUCGCGCAGUUCAUCACACCUCUGAACCCCGAUACCAAGUUCCCCUUCAUCGCCGCCGAAGAAGAUUCAGGCCAUAUUGUCAAGACUCUAAUCACUCAAGAAGCUGCGGGACACAAUCUCAUCGGCUACAGGGAAUGGCUCACACAUAAAGAGAUCGCGGUAUCGUUCAUCAAAGCUACUGGCAUUGAAGCAGUGACUGUUGAAUCGGACGGGACAUUCCCAUCUGGCUUUUCGGAAGAGUUGGUAGGCGAAAUGACAGAUUGCUUUGGCUACUUCAACGAGUUUGGGUUCGAAGGCCGAGAUGAUCUAACCUUGGUUCAUCCUCGAGAUUUAAAGUCAGCACCCAAACUGGGUACUGUAGAGGAUUACUUCAAGAAGCAGGACUGGUCCCAGGUUUUUGGCUCAUGA